GGCCACGCCCCCUUCCCCCAUCACGUGCCCCUCUUUUCCCGUCACGUGGCCCUGCGCGGGUCUCGCCUCGCGAGAAGCGGCGGCGGCGCUCGACGAUGGCGGCGCCGGGGACGGAGGCGGCGGGGCCCACGCCGGGCCCGGGGCCAGUGAGCAGCAACGGCAGCGCUGCCGGCGGGGAGGCGGCGGCGGCGGCGGGGGCCGAGACGCAGCGGCAGCAGCCGGCGCCCAACGCCUGGCAGGUGCUCAAAGGCGUCCUCUUCAGGAUCUUCAUCAUCUGGGCCAUCAGCAGCUGGUUCCGCCGCGGGCCGGCACCGCAGGAGCAGAGCAGCGUGGGUGGGACGCCGCGAGCCCCGAGCCGAAACCUCUUCCCUAAGGACACUUUAAUGGACCUCUACGUUUACAUCUCGGAGCACGAGCACUUUACGGACUUCAACGUCAGCUCGGCGCUGUUUUGGCAGAAGCGGGAUCUGGUCUACGGUGACUGGACCAGCGGCGAGAACGCCGACGGCUGCUACGAGCACUACGGGGAGGUCGACAUCUCGCAGAGCGUUCAGCAGAACGGCUCCAUCUACAUCCACGUCUACUUCACCAAGAGUGGCUUCCACCCUGAUCCCAGGCAGAAGAACCUCUACCGGCGUCUCGCCACCGUCCACACGUCACGAAUGAUCAACAAAUACAAGCGCCGGCGGUUCCAGAAAACCAAAAACCUCCUGACGGGCGAGACGGAGGCCGACCCAGAAAUGAUCAAGAGAGCUGAAGACUACGGCCCCGUGGAGGUCAUCUCGCACUGGCACCCCAACCUGACCAUCAACAUGGUGGACGACCACACGCCCUGGGUGAAGGGCAGCGUGCCACCCCCCCUGGACCAAUAUGUGAAGUUUGAUGCCAUCAGUGGUGACUACUACCCCAUCCUCUACUUCAAUGACUACUGGAACCUCCAGAAGGACUAUUUCCCCAUCAAUGAGACGCUGCAGCGCUUGCCCUUCCGUCUGUCCUUCUGCCCGCUCUCCCUCUGGCGUUGGCAGCUCUACGCUGCCCAGAGCACCAAAUCCCCAUGGAAUUUCCUUGGAGAGGGCCUCUACGAGCAGUCGGAUGAGGAACAGGACUCGGUGAAGGUCGCUCUGCUGGAGACCAACCCCUACCUGCUGGCCUUGACCAUCGUCGUCUCCAUCGUGCACAGCAUCUUUGAGUUCCUGGCCUUCAAAAAUGAUAUCCAGUUCUGGAACAGCCGGCAAUCUCUGGAGGGACUCUCGGUCCGUUCCGUCUUCUUCGGCGUCUUCCAAUCCCUCGUCGUCCUCCUCUACAUCUUGGACAACGAAACCAACUUCGUGGUGCAAGUCAGCGUCUUCAUCGGGCUCCUCAUCGACCUCUGGAAGAUCACAAAGGUCAUGGAUGUCCGGCUGGACCGCGAGAACAAAGUGGCCGGAAUGUUCCCCCGCGUCACCUUCAAAGACAAAUCGACCUACAUCGAGUCUUCCACCAAGGUGUACGAUGACGUGAGUUAUCCGUACUCCUCCGGCAGCCGCCGGCGUUAA